GUAGCGGGAUCAUUAGUGUGACAUUUUUUCAAUUUUGAAGACCAAAACAAAACCUAAUUCUCUUUCGUUGCGCACACUGUGUACAAACUAGCAACCUCCUCUCCUCUCCGGCAACUUUCUCCGCCGUAUUUGUACCCUCUGUCGCCGCAGCCUUCACCUGCGGCCACCCACUCCCUCUUCCCUCAUCUCGUUAGCAUCUUUUUGCUUUCAAUAAAUGGAAACCAAAUCCUCUACAAGCCUAGUUGACCAAUCAGUGUUUCCCGGAGAUGUUGUUCUUGACCUAUCUAACAUGACAAACCACACAAUUAAACUUGGAGGUGGUCUACGACAGGACUGUGAUGUGAUUUCUGUAAUGAAAGCUGGCACACUAAGGUUCUCAAAGCCUAAUAAAUACUGGGUUGAAAAUUCUCAAAAGAGGUAUGUGCCACAUGCAGAGGAUUCUGUUCUUGGAAUUGUUGUAGACUCCAGAUCAGAUAACUUUCUUGUGGACAUAAAAGGACCAGCUAUAGCAUUUUUACCGGUGCUUGCAUUUGAAGGAGGAACAAGAAGAAAUAUACCUAAAUUUGAGAUAGGUACUUUGCUUUACGUGCGGGUUGUAAAAGCAAACCCUGGAAUGAAUCCAGAGCUGUCAUGCACUGAUGCCAGUGGGAAAGCAGCAGAAUUUGGUGCUCUAAAAGAUGGCUAUAUGUUUGAGUGUACAACCGGUCUCUCAAGGAUGCUUCUCAGCUCACCCACAUGUCCAGUACUUGAUGCUUUAGGGAAGAAACUGUCCUUUGAGAUAGCAGUUGGCUUAAAUGGACGUGUUUGGGUCAAUGCAGCAUCUCCACCCACGACUAUUAUCGUAGCUAAUGCGAUUAUGAACUCAGAGACAUUGAGUGGUGCUCAGCAGAGAAUUAUGGUUGAAAAGCUGCUGCAGAAAAUCCAGUGAUCAUAAUCAUACGAGUAUGAUUUUAACCCUUCUAGCUUCGAUUGACUAUUAUAAUAGCCCCUUGUGAAUUGUGAUUUCAAUUUCAUAGCACAAUACUUGUUCUUGCAAGUGUCAUAUAUACCACUUCCAACUCAUGAAGUGCGUACUUUUUAUGUGCUACCAAAUACCAAUGCUUCUGAAGGGCGAGCACUCUCCACUAGACUACCACAACUAGCUAAAGUGGAAAAAGGUUAUCAAAACCUUCAUGUUUAAUGUGACUUAAUAUUUAUGAUAAGAAUUCAAAAGUUCUUUGUUACUAGGAGUUUAAUUUUCUGUUAUAUCAUUUUUUUUUUCUCCACAAAAUACAACAAAGUCUAUUAGGUUACUACAUGGAUUGCACAACGUCGUUGUUGGUCUUGCAAAAUAUAUGAUAGAAAAUCAGUUCUUGGCUUUGUUAUUCAUA